UUGUUUAGGAUGGAAAGUAUUGUAAAGAUUAUCAAGAAUUGGCUGAACUUACUUUAAUGAUACUAUCACCCACCGACAGAUUCAAACUUCACAAUCCUGAAGCUGUUCAUCAUGCCAGAUUUAUGGGUAAAAGUUUAUUUUACUUGAAACUAUUUCUACUCAUGAAAAGAAUUCCUGAAAUCAAUGAAGAGAGCAGGGAUGAAAUCACAGAAAUGACAAAGUUUCUUUCUAUUUUUUACACGGAGUGGUUUCUCAGAGCUGAGUUAAGUUCAGCUGCUCCGACACAGGACAUGAAAGCAUUAUGGCAGAUGAAAAGAUUCGAGGAGUGGAAUAAAACUGGCGGUCAAGCUGUUUCUAAAUCCAUACAACGACAUACUUGGUACCUUGAUCCAUAUUUAGUCAUUUUAGCAAUUGCAGAUAAGAAAUGUCAAGGCGACAUGGCUAAGAGACUUAUUAGCCUGAAACGAGGUCCCAUAGAAGAAUAUUCCUUAGAAAGACAGGUGUUGGAUAAAGACACUCUAAUGAGUCUAAACUUUUCACAGGAUGAGCAGGCCUUGCGAUGAAUAAGAACUGCG